AUGUCUCCCGAAAUCGUGGAUGUAGAAGUUAUUAUUAUGGGCGAUGAACUUGAAACUCCUGAGAUUAUCGAAUCAAUAAGUGAUGAGGCCAGACUAUUAGUGAAUGAAGAGCCCGAGAUAUCUCCCGACUUACCUGCGAAUGACGAACUAAAAUCUAGCAAUAAAGAAUCCCACAUCCAAUCGAAAACAUAUCCAUCUGGUUAUUUAACCCGGGAGCAACGAUGGACUAUAGAUCAUAAUGAGAAUCCCGAUAAGAUAGAUGUUGACGCAAAUACCUGUCUCUUUAAUAUAGAACAAGGUAAUGAUCCCCACGAUUUUAUGGAAAUGACGCAUCGGGAAAGAUUGAUAGGAGAAGAAAUCUUACGCCGUAGACUUGAAGAUGCAGGUGAAUGCAUAUGGCUUGACACUGAUGAAGAAUGGAUAAAAAAUAAAACCAUACUCCAGGAAAAUGGAUUGCUAUGGUAA